UUUCAGUUGUGUUUUUUCUGUGCUGUUUCUGCUUCCUCUGCUUCUUCUGCUGCUUCCUCCUUUGCUUCCUCCUCUGCUGUUUUUCCUCCAAUUGCUACUGUGUGCUGUUCCUUCACUCUGGUGUCUGCGCUUCCAAACACGUUUCAAAUUGCCCUUCUCCUUCCUUUUCCCACUGCAAGUCUUUUUGCUUGAACCACUUCCAUUCUCUGCUGCGUUUUACUCAUAAAGAUAGUCUUUAUCUCUCCAGCAACUAUUGCCAUUCUCAUUCUCAUUCUCACACUCUUAAUCACUUUUCUGAUCUUUGUUGAAUUGUUUGCAAACUCAUACAACUUUACACAUUCUCCUCCUUGCUUUUAUUUUUGUCGAACAUGCAAUCUGAACCUCAUCAAAAUCUACAUCAAAACCAAAGUCAGAAUCAAAGUCAGAAUCAACGUAUAAUUCAUAACAAUUAUAAUUCUAAUCCUAAUCUUAAUAUUAAUUCUAAUCUCAAUCCCAAUCUCACUCAUAAUCCUAACAGGAAUAUCCAUCAAUACCAUAGUCCUAAUUUAAGACAAAGUCAAAAUCAAAGCCAAUAUAACAAUAUCACCACCACCACCACCACCAACAACAACAACAACAACAAUAAUAAUAAUAAUAAUAAUAAUCUCAGCAACAAUACAAAUAAUAUUAACAACAUUAAUAAUGCUACUAGUGAUCCUUAUUCGAGAUUUAAACCAAGAUCUCUUAAAAAUAAUCUAAGCAGAAUAAACAAACCACUCCCUCCUUUAAACUUAUCUUUAAAUUCAAACAAUCCAAAUAAUCCAAAUAAUCCAAAUAAUCCAAAUAAUCCAAAUAAUCCAAACAAUUCUAAUAAUUCCAUUAACUCAAAUCAUAUUCUUCUUCGUAAGAAUCAUCUAAAUAAUAUACAAAAUGAGAGAACAAAUAACAAUAUUAUUAAUACCAGUAGAAACCCUCAAAAAUUAAAAUUGAAUCUAAACCUAAAUUUAAAUCAAAUUAAUUCUCCUUCAAGCUCAAAUUCAACUCCAAUCUCAACUUCAACUCCCUCGAUAAAUAACUUUAAUAACGAUAAUAUCAACAAUAAUAACAAUAAUAACAGCAAUAACAGCAAUAACAUUUUACCAAUAAAAUCCCUUAAAAGAAAAAACAUGAAAAAAUUAACUUUGCUGUCAAAUAAUGAUUCCCCAACAACUUCAUCUCCAAAAUUAUCUUUAGCCCUUAAAAAUUCAACUAACAUCUCUACCACAAAUAAUAACAUUACUUCUCAAGUUAUACAGAAAUUUGAUGAUUUAUCCCUAUCAACAACUAACUCAAGAAAUAUCCCAAGAACUACAAAGACAACAAUACUAUUCACAAAUAACAAUAAUAGUAACAAUAAUAACAAUAAUAGAAAUCAUAAUAAUUACAACCAAAAUUAUGAUAACAGCCACAAUCAAAUCGAUUCCCAAAAUGACGAUUCAGGCUUCCAAUUUAAUAACUUAAAUAACUCAGAUUUUGUCGUUCUUAAAAAUUUGGGCUCCGGAAAUUCUGGAACUGUUUUAAAAGUCCUACAUGUCCCAACUCAAAAGACAAUGGCUAAAAAAUCAAUUUAUAUUGAGGAUAAACCUGCUGUAAAAUUGCAAAUCCGUCGAGAAUUGAAAAUUAUGAGCGAAUGUAACUCAAACUUCAUCAUCCAAUUUUAUGGCUCCUUCUUAAAUGAAGGUAGCGUAAUUAUUUGCAUGGAAAAUAUGGACAUUGGUUCUUUAGACAACGUCUUAAAAAUUAAUGGCCCAUUUCCAGAGUAUAUUAUAUCUCAUGUUGCUAAUUCUGUUUGUUCAGGUUUGACCUAUUUAUACGAAAACCAUAAAAUCAUUCACAGAGAUAUUAAACCCUCAAAUGUUCUAUUAAACUCAAAAGGUGAAGUUAAAUUAUGUGAUUUUGGUGUAUCAAGAGAAUUGAUUAAUUCAAUUGCAGACACUUUUGUUGGAACUUCAACUUACAUGUCUCCAGAAAGAAUUCAAGGUGGUAAAUACUCUGUUAAGGGCGACAUUUGGUCUCUUGGUUUAAUGCUAGUUGAAUUAGCAAAUGGCUUUUUCCCUUUUGGUGAUAAUAAAAAUGUUGCCCCAGAAGGUAUAUUAGAUUUAUUACAAAGAAUUGUUAAUGAACCUCCUCCAAGUUUAAAGAAUUUUAAUAAAUUCUUCUUUGAUAAACAUCCAGAAUUUCAAUCUCCAAAAUUUCAUAAAAAACUAUUUCCAUCUCAAUUAGAUUAUAUUGAAGAUCCUCCUUUAACUUCCCGUUCAAAUAAUUCUCCUUUAUUACCUGACGCUAACUCAAAAUUAACUAAACAAACUUCAGAUUUCCCUUAUUCAAAUGAGUUUUGUGAAUUGAUUGAUUUAUGUUUAAUUAAAGACGAACAAAGAAGAAGGAGUCCACAAGAUUUACUUAAACAUAGUUUUGUCACAAACUAUAGAGACAGCUUAAAUCAAAAGGAUGCUAAAUUAUUGAAAAAAGAUAUAAAAAGCUGGUGCAAAAGAGUUAAAAAGGUUGCAAAACCAAAAAAUCUUACUAGUGCUACUGAAUAAUUAUUUGGCUGUUUUUCAAUAAAUUUAUCUUUUAUUUUUAUUAUUUUUAAAGUCUCAUAUUCUGCUAAACAUCAACCUAAGA